AAUGUGGGGCAGGGAAAGCGCCUGCCGGAGUGGGGGGUGAUAGGACACGUGGCCGGGGCCGGCGGAAGCACCAGGAGGCAGGGUGGGCGCACGGACAAGGGGACGAACCCGCCUGGCCACGGAUACAGCCCGGAGAGGAGCGAGGACACGGCGGGGCGGCGCUGGGCGCUCCGUGGCUGCUCCCCCAGCUGCCGCGGGGAGGAUGAGGCCGUGCUUUUGAGGGGGCUUGUGCUGCUGCGGAGCUUUGCCGUGUGCUGCUUUCCCUGCCUGGCUUUGUGAGCUCCAGCUCGCACCACUCCCUUGAGUUUUACCUCUUGUCUCUUCACCUUGAGCUCCCGGCCCCGCUACUCUCUGGAUGCUCCCCGUGCCGGAGAAAUCCCACCCGCUCUCUGUACUGCCACAGGGCUCCACAGGCAGCAGAGCCGGAGCGCUGGUGCAGGAUUUGCCACAGCCACGCCUGCUUUCCCCCCAGCUUUGAAGCUCCGUUGGCUUUCAGGGAAAGGCAGCGUGAGCCAGCCCCGGGCAGGGCUGUGCCGCCGCCCCGCUCCGCUGCAGCAUCCCGGCUGAGCAGAAUCAGAUGGGGUCUGCGAGCUCCCUGCUCUUCUGCGGGGGUCUCUGCAGGCAGGAGACCCCUUUCCUGUGGGACAGCAGCUCCUCAUGCCCGGUCCUGGCAGAGUUUGGAGCAGGGAUGGCCACCCUGGGCACUCGAAUGGGUGCAAAGCCACACGCCCAAGGCUGCUGCAGGAGCAGCGGCGUUGCCUCUCCCUGCUGCUCUCUUGGAGAGGUCCUGCUGAGCCCUGGGUGCUCCUUAUCCUUCCGAUUCCUUCCCACAGGCGACGGAGACCUCAUGACUCCCAGCUCUGUGAGCCAGCAGCCAAGUCAUGUGCUCCCCACACCUUGUCCCACACCUCCUCGCCAGCAUGCCCAGACCCUUCCCAGCUGGCCAAAGGGUCCGUGCAGCCCUUUUCUCCAGCCGGACUGACCCCGAGGCUGUGGGAGCUCUCCCCAUCUCCCGCACUGCCUGGGGCAGAGGUGGCUGAGGCAGCAGAGGAAGCCGCCUUUCCCCGAGGAUCAGCGUGACUGUCCGGUAGCAACGCCAAGCUGUGCCAAUGCCGAGCCGGGCCGGGCGGGUGGGUGGCAAUGGGUGACACCGGGGAGCAGCCCGAAGGGUGCCCGUGGCUAAUCAGCUCCCAUCCGCCGUGUUUGCCCAGCAGUGCCCGGUGCCUGCUGCUCCCGCCCCGCUUCGCCGCUGGGAGUGUUUGGAGAGAGCCGAGGGAGCUUUGCGGAGCCAGUGCCCAGCCCUGCCCCGCAGGGAGCCCCAGGGCUGCCGGCCCGGGCAGCGGGUGGGUGACAGCCCUGCCCAGGCUGGGACACUCCCAUCGCCAGUGCUGCACCCUGCCAGGAGCUGGGGACCCCCUCUCAGCACUGCGGACGCCUCAGAACACGGUGCUCAGGGCAGGGAAGGCUCCGAGGGAGAGACCAGGAGCUGCGGUCACCCCAAAACCAGGAGAACAGGGCAGCUCUGGAUCAGGGCUGUGGCUGUCCCCAAGCCCAGUGGCUAGUGUCCCACUCCCUGAGUGUCCCCAACAUCUGUGACAGGAUCCGGUGCUAUGUCAGACUCCUGCCAUCCCUUCAGCUGUCAGGGGCAGGCUGCCCUGUGUCCUCUGGCUGUCCUGCGUCUCCAGCCACCCUGCAUCCCCAGCCUUCUGUGUCCCCUGGCCCUGUUCUGUGCUGCCCCAGAUGACCCUGCUGGCAUGUCCUGCUGCCAGGGCAGACACGGCACCUCUGACACAGCCUGUCUGGGACGUGAGCUGCUUGCCAUUGUCCCUGUCCUCACAGGGGAGCCACAGGCCAUAGUGUGGGGUAAAAAUGCUGUCACCCAGCUUUGUCCCUGCCGUGGGGCUGACCCAGACACUCUCCACAUGGCAUGUCCACGCUUGCAUCUGCAGGUUCCAAAACCUCUCUCAGGUCAGGGAGCCCAGCAUCCAUCUCGAAGGGGCACAAGGCUGCAGAGGAGUGAUCUGAACCUGCACGAGGAUGCUGCAGCACCUGGGGGUACCCACGGAAAAGCUUUGCCCACUGCAGGGGCAGCCCCUGUUUGCAGAGGCAUGGCUCGAUACACAGUAUGUUCUUCAGAAGAUCCCUACUCCAGGAGUCAAAAUAGCAUGAAAUUUAAUUUUACGCCUAUUUGACAAAGCUUGAUUUCACCUCCAAUCAGCGGGGAGAUAAGAGCCCUCGGCACAAGUGUGCGGGCAGUUUGGCAGCUGGGGCUGCCGAUUUAAUAGGUGAAUUUACAGGGACAACACUUGAAAAUCCCCUGGCGAGUGAACCAUUAAGGUGAGCCCUGCCUUCCGUCCCCGCGUCCCUCCCCGCGCCGCUCUCCCGUUGCUGGGCGCUAAAGCAAACCCCAGCUCUGUUUACCGAGUCUACUAUUACAAUACGGCUACCAAAUAUUUGCCAGCCGUCAGCUCGCUGCUCCGCUAUAAAUACUUCAGGCCCAGGUGGAGGGACGGGCAGGGGGAGCGGCGCGGGAGCCUAUGCAUGGCCGGGCAGCGCCAAGGGUGACUCCUGGGGGUGCCUCUGAGCGCUGGCAUGGCUGCGGGUGUCAUCCAGCCCCUGGCCGAGCUGCGGCUGCCCUCGCCCUUCCCGCACGGCCUCCUGCUGCCCGCACACCCCGAGCCUGACUUCCCCGACCCACCCGAGGAGGAGGAGGAAGAAGAAGAAGAGGAGGAAGAAGAGGAGGACGUGGAAGCAGUGGAGGAGAGCGUGAGGCCAGAGCUGGCCAGUGUCUCCAGCACUGCCGAGACCACCCUGCGUCUCCUCAAGUUUUCGGAGCUCAUCAGCUGCGACAUCCAGCGCUACUUCGGGCGGCGGGGCCGGGAGGAGGCCGCCGGCAGCCGCCCCGUGCCCGCGGACUGCGGCUCGCCCCAGAGCGCUGAGGCUGUGCCCGAGGCCGCGGCCCCGCGGGGCAGCCCGGGGGCCACGCACAGGCUGGGGCCGCUGGCCGAGCUCUUCGAGUACGGCGUGCACCGGUGCCUGCCCGCACGGGGCGCCGGCGGCAAGACGCAGCGGCUGGAGAGGAAGUACGGCCACAUCACCCCCAUGCACCGCAGGAAGCUGCCGCCCUCCUUCUGGAAAGAGCCAGGCCCGGGCCCCGCCAGCCUCCUGCACGCUGGCACCCCUGACUUCAGUGACCUCCUGGCCAACUGGACAGUGGAGCCAGGGCCGGAGCUGCCGGGCGCCGGGCGGGAGCUGCUGGGCCGCCCGGGGCUGGAGGCAGAGCCCUUCGCUGGGCUGUGACCCCACUGUGGCCCCGGGGGCCCCGGUCCCGCCACGUGCCACCCAGUUAAUGAUAAACCUGGUGGCCCCAGUGCCAGCACCGGGGCACUCGGAGCUGCCGGGUCGAAGCCGGUGAUGGGACGAGUGAA